CUGUUUGUUUCCCUUGACAACACGCACAAACGGUGGAGACGAACACUUGUUUACAGACACAGAAAGGAAUUUAACAAGUACAAAGAUGGAAGCAGCAGAUUUACACCUGAAUAUAGAUUAUGUUGGAACAAGUGGCACUGUUCUAAGUCCAGAACAAAAAGCUGCCCUCCAAACUUCAUUAGUUAUCCAGCAAAACAGAUACAAAUUUCACAGAAUUUAUUUCUGGGGAAAAAUUCUGGGUAUCAAAGAUGAUUACUUUAUUGCACAGGGAACUCAAAGAGAUGAAAUGGCUGAAUGCAAAACUCUUUACAGCAAAGAUUGUGUAAAUUGGGGACUUCUCCCACCUGCAACAAAAGCUAUGAGAGAAAAGAGUAAAUUGGCUAAAGGACGAUUCACUGGUGACCCUUCACAUGAGUUUGAACAUGUACAAACAAAGAAAUCUGCAGAUGGAGAAGAAGGUCAUGAAGAGGAAGAAACGAUUUUGAUAAAAGAAGAGGACAGACUAGCAUCAGUAAUUGCUGAAAUUGAUGAGGAUGUGAAAAUUGUACCCAGAGCAGCUUUUAUUAAAACACCAACUGGAGAAACUCUCUCAAAUAGAUGUUUUGAAGGUCUUUCUGUGUCAGAGGCUGCCAAACUUUGUUCCUACAUGCAUUUCAGAGAGCCAAAAGCUCUGUUUGAAAAGACCUUAUUACAAAAAGCAAAUCUUGACAAAUCAAUAGAUUUCUUAGACACAGUUGAAGAGGACAUUCCAAAAGGUUGCUGGAGUCUGCAGUUUGAGAGGGGAAGUGGACUUGUUACAUUGAGAAGUCUAUGGUGGAAUGGAUUUGUUUUCUUCCAUGUUCCUGGAUCAAGAAGAUUUGGACAUGUCUAUGUUGGAAUUGGAGAAAAGAAUUUGGACCUUCCUUUCAUGUUAUAACUGUGUCCUAUUAAACUAAUUAAAUGUUGACUGUCAUUCAAUAAAAACAGUUUGUUACAAGUGUAAGAAGGAAUCAUUGAUGAGAUGUAUAGAUAUAUGAAAGAUAUUUAUUCCUUUGAAAACAACUGUAGAAGUUCAUAUUUAUAUUUCUUUGGAAAUUUCUCAUUUGUUUCAUUAAUGAAUAAUAAAUAUUAAUAAAACAUUGUUAAACAUAAA